AUACGAGAAAAUUUGUCCCGCCAAGGCCCGCGGCUACAAACGAAUAUUUUUACAAGAUUGUUUAUUUAUUUGUUUUGCUUUUCAAGUUUGAAGUGACUCUACGACGUUUAAUGAGUUUUCAUGUGAUUUUUGGAAAUGCCUGCCGUGGCCUUGAAUGUUAAGCGUCAGCUGAGUGCGACGAUAAAAAAAUUCAAAUUUGAGGAGCUUGAGGGCUCGGUGUUACCACAUUUUCCGGAGAUCUCCUGGAAUGAUAUUAGAAAGAGACUCGUUAAGAAUCAUGAGAAUUUUACGACCUCCUGUGCACUCAGGAUCAUCGAACAGGCGAUUGUUAGGCACAAGAUUGACGAUAAAGAGCUAAAGGAUAGACUGGCUAUUCUCGAAGUUAUUGACGUUAGCAGACACUCCAGCAAGAAGGUUUGGUAUGGUUACGAGCUCCAAGGUGUCAUGAACUGCCAGAGAUUGAUCCCAAACAGGGAAAUGCAGGAGAGAAUGUCUCAAACGUUUCAAAUGCUCCAAAUAGACAUGGCAAUUAACGUCGUAACGCACCAGGGGAUCACUUUUAUCUCCAUGUGCGAGAAGAAGAGGUCCAAGCGACUCCUCCCGGUGUACUUUGCCCUGUUCCUCAGGCACGGGUACUUCUUCUGCUCGAAAAAAGGAGUCACCAAGGAAUUUUUACAGGCAAUCGUCGAGGGUCUUGGCUUCGACACCAGCAAAAAACUCAAACUCAUGGGGAGGGAUUUGAAAUCUCUUAGCAAAAUGCUGGAGUUGAAGAAGCAAGGUGUAGUGCAGUUUGGAAAUUUGUGCAAUUCUCCGAAGUAUACGGAUUCUGAGCCAGUUGUCAAAGCUACAGGGACAGAUUUCAGGCAGCAUAAGCAGAGACGAGAAUACAUAUCCCAAUGUUUUGGUAACGAGCCCCCCACGAUCGACGUUUUAGAAAUCACUGGGACAGAGGCCCCCUGGGCUGACCGAGAAAUAUCCUCUCAACUUCCAAAUGAAAAAAUAAAAAUUGCUUGGGAUUUCAAGAGUCACGACGUUGCUGGAAGCCUCCUGAGACUUUACGAGAAGAGGAUAUUCGUCAAUCCCCUUCCAAACUACGUAACAAAGCUCAUGGAAACUGGCAAGAAUCAACUGACAGUGAAACUUUGAGCACGCCACGUAAUUUUUAUUUUAAAAAAUUCAUUGAUAUUCCAUAGACAAUUGCGCUGUGGCGUGAGCAUCAAUUUUUUUUUCUCAAUUGUAGGUGACAAUUUGUACAGAAAUGCAAACAGAUUUAUCAUCUGUCGUAUUUCGUGAUAUAAUGUUGAAUCUUUAUUUAGGUUUUUAUAGGACAAGUGGUAUUAAUAAAAAUUGAAGAACUUUUCCACAUAAUUGUUCGUCAUACGAAAUUCAGAUUUACAUACCUGGGGUGAGGCAAAAUCGACGCUCUAGGGUUU